GAAGAGCUAGGCGCGCGACCGAACCCCCGCUGCCCGGCGCCAUUGCUCGGAGCAAUUUGCUCCCCUCCCUCGAGUCGACGUCCUCCUCCCCGGCCCACUGCAUUCCGUCGCCUACCCCUCCCUAUUGUUCUCUGUAUAUAGUUGCAGAGAGAAUCCUCAUCAGCCGUCACACACUCUCGAUCAGCAGCCGAGGGAACGACAGAUAGAGAUGGGGCGGUCGCCGUGCUGCGACACGACGAAGGUGAAGCGGGGGCCGUGGUCGCAAGAGGAGGACGCCAUCCUCCGGAGCUUCGUCCAGAGGUUCGGCAAUGCCGGCAACUGGAUCGCCCUGCCCCACAAAGCAGGGCUGAAGCGAUGCGGUAAGAGCUGCCGCCUGCGGUGGCUCAACUACCUCCGCCCGGAGCUCCGGCACGGCGGCUUCACCGACCAGGAAGACGACCUCAUCCUCUCCCUCUACGGCGAUAUCGGGAGCAAGUGGUCGGUGAUCGCGUCCAGGCUCCCCGGACGCACGGACAACGACGUCAAAAACUACUGGAACACCAAGCUCAAGAAGAGGUACCUGGUGGCGUCCACAAGAGAAGGAAGCAGGCCGCCAUCGUCGCCGCUGCCGCCACCGCCGCCUGCCAGCGACAACGACGGCGCCACCGCCGCGGACAGCCAGCCCCAAGACGACGAUCAACGCCCUGCGCCGACCCCUCCAGCCCUCGCCAACCUCGACGACGACGCAUCAGACACUGGCGCCGCCGCCGUCGAUGACGACGCGCUCCUCCUCCUCCUCAAGUCGGAGCAGCUGUACGCGGAGCUCGUGGGCCUCAUCGAGCAGCAGUCGCCGUGGCUGACCACAACAACUACUGGACCGCUGCCACCGUCGUCGUCGUCAGCAGCGACGCCGUCGUCCUCGUCGGGAACAAGUCCGACGUCGACGGGUAGCAGUUCAGGGAGCUGCGCCGCCGUGUGGCCCACCGGCAUGGACGUGCAUGACACAACGCUGUUGUCCGAGUCCAGCAGCAGCAGCAGCAGCCUGUUCGACGCUUGCUACGGUUUUGUUAGCGAUGACGCUGGGUUCGGAGCGGCCCUGCUGCCCGCGUCGUCGUACUCCUUCCAAGACCUCCUGGCCGCGUCUUACGACGAGUUUACCAGUAGGGUUGUGCUAGGCAGUGGUUAGACGAUGCUGAUGACGAGAAGAGACGUCGUCAUGAUGCGUGCAAUCCCGUUGAGUGUGCAUGUAUUACAGUGCCUAAUAAAAACAGCGCAGUUGAUAGAUGCUGGAAAAGUUAUGCCUA